AUGGAGUCUCCAUCGGCAUCAGACGUAGCUGUUGUUUUCUGCCAUGGCUGCUACCACACGCCAGCACCUUAUAUACCCCUGAUGGAGUCAUUGAGGGCCAUCGGCAUUGAUGCUCAUUGCCCUCAGUUGCCCACCUCUGAUCUCAAGAAGCUUAAUGUUGGUGAUGACAAUAAUCCUGACUUUGACCGAGGACCUCCUGAAGGGGGGUAUCCUCAGGGCCAUGAAGAUACAGAAACCAUUCUGAGUGUCCUGGGUCCGUCGGUGAACCAGAGGAAAAGGGUGUUGAUGAUUGGGCACUCUUCUGGUGGUUGGGUUGCUACCGAAGCAGCACGGCCAGAGUUGCAAGCAACAACACGGAGAGACCAAGGUCUCGCUGGAGGAAUCAUUGGAAUUCUCUAUAUUGGCGCUUUUGUUAUUCCAGUGGGUGAAUCGAUCCACGGUUUUUUCCAACCGAAUGAUGGAUCUUUUGCAGUGCCUCCAUUCCUGGAUUUCCACGUAAGAAAAGCAGAUUUUCUGAUUAUUUUCUUAUUAUUAUCAACUGACAACAAAAAAUGGCUAGCCACCCUUACUGCAUCUCCUGUAUUAAAAACAAAGCUAUCCAACAACGCUUAUGAAGCGUUACCAUGCGCCUACCUAAUACUUGAGGGUGAUCAGGCAUUGCCUAAAGAGUAUCAAGAGAGCAUGGUGGCCCUUCAGGUUCAAAAGACGGGGGAUUUCACAUUGUAUCGAUGUCCCUCAGGCCAUUCGCCUCAUUUGAGCUGUACGGAUGGCACAGCUCAGAUCAUUCAGGAAUUUGUCAAGGAAAUCGAAAAUUGAUUUUUUAAAGUCCUUGACGGUUGGAUAACCAAUCCAGAUACAUCGCCAAGCAAGGUUGUUCGUUCACCCAGAUGUUGAUGUUUAGGUAUCGGUGAAGAUAAGCUGCCCUUCCUUGUCUUGUUUCUAGAGUAGUAUAUGAUGAAUAAGAAUUCCGUGGGUGAAUCAAUUGCUUCUGAUUUCAGACAACCGAAUUUAUUUUUACUUGAAAGAGCCGGUGAUAGCUUCACCGGGAACAGACACAUUCAUAGCCCUUUAGAAGGGUCGCUCCUUUAAUCAUUUCGCGUUGUAUCACAUUCGCCAGUUACCUAGCUGAUCUCAUCGAUUCUUAAAUCU